AUGUAUCCUAGCUCACCAACGUCACGGCACCAGCCACUUCUACGGACUUCCUCUCGUUCCGGAUACCCACGUUUUAUCCCCGUCAAGUACAAGAACUUCUAUCUCAUCCUCUUCACCAUUAUUCUAGUUGGACUCAUAUUGACUGGAAUAUUCCAGUUCUGGCCGCAUUCGAUUGACAUACGCGAGGAACGCGAAUCCUUCAGUCUGUACGACGUCGGCCAUUUAGAGGAAGUAACGGUUCCGUUAAUGAGCGCGAUACCGGACAGGGGUGAACUAGAAUGUCGUAUGCACAGUUGCUUCGACCCAUACCAGUGUCAGUCCAGUCCGAACAACAGAAUAAGCGUAUACAUCUACCCCAUGAAGAAAUAUGUGGACGAGAACAGCGUUCCCGUCAUGCCGUCGAUUUCGCGGGAGUUCCAGGAGGUCCUGACCACGAUAGCGGACAGCGAGUACAACACGAACGAUCCGGCAAAGGCGUGUUUAUUUGUGCCCUCGAUUGACCUCUUGAACCAGAACAUUCUGAGGUUGAGAGAAACAGGUCAAGUCCUAGGAAGGUUACCAAGAUGGAAUCACGGGCACCACGACUUCCAGCUCCAGGGAGCCAACCACCUACUGUUUAACAUGCUGCCAGGCAUGGAGCCAGACUACAACACUGCGCUGGAGGUUCCUCGCGGGAAGGCCAUUCUGGCGGGCGGGGGUUUCUCGUCCUGGACGUACCGACCGGGCUACGAUGUCAGCAUACCCGUGUUUAACCCUUUUACAGCCGAUAUGGAACUACCAGGGAAACCUGAUGGCUACUCCAGACCAUGGUUGAUAGUCUCUGCACAGACAGUUAUUCACAUGGACUUCAGGGCGGAGCUGGAUGCUGUUGCUAGGGACAACGAUGACGUCCUGGUCCUUGACAGGUGCAACGACCUCCCUGAAGGCAUCCCCGCCCACAGAAGAAGGUGUAAAGAGGACAGAGUCUACAACUAUCCUGAUAUCCUACAGGAAGCGACAUUCUGUAUGAUUCUGCGGGGAGCGCGUAUGGGUCAGAGUGCGCUGAGCGACGCCAUGAUGGCAGGAUGUAUCCCCGUCAUCGCAAUCGACACAUACGUGAUGCCGUUCUCCGAAGUCCUGGACUGGAAAAGGGCUGCAGUGAUACUGAGAGAAGAAGACUUGCCAGAUGUUCACAACGUGUUGAGGAGAAUUUCACAGGAGAGAAUCACUAACAUGAGGAGACAGGUGGAGUUUUUCUGGCGGUCGUACUUUCGUUCCAUGAAGGCCAUCACCUUGACGACCCUCAAGGUCAUCAACGACAGGGCCUUCAGACACGCGUCAAGGUCGUACGAGGACUGGAACGACCCAACUCCAAAGUCUGGCGUCACCAGUCCACUGUUCCUCCCGCUCAUCCCGACCCAAGCGAUGGGUUUCACCGCGGUGAUCCUGACGUACGACAGGGUGGAGAGUCUGUUCCGCGUCAUCACGGAGAUCGCCAAGACACCGAGUCUCGCCAAGAUCCUGGUCGUAUGGAACAACCAGGCCAAGGCUCCGCCUCAAGGUUCCACCUGGCCCAAGGUCAACAAGCCGCUCAAGGUCAUCCAGACGACGGCCAACAAGCUGAGUAACCGCUUCCACCCAUACGACGAGAUUGAGACCGAGGCUGUACUCGCUAUCGACGAUGACAUCAUCAUGUUGACGCCUGACGAACUAGAGUUCGGUUAUGAGGUGUGGAGAGAGUUCCCAGACAGACUAGUGGGCUACCCAGGCAGGGUGCACCUGUGGGACAACGCUACCAAGUCCUGGAAGUACGAAUCUGAGUGGACGAAUGACGUGUCUAUGGUCCUCACGGGUGCCGCCUUCUACCACAAGUACUUUGGAUACCUGUACAGCAUGGCUAUGCCAGGAGACAUAAAAAACUGGGUAGACACACACAUGAACUGUGAGGACAUCGCUAUGAACUUCCUCAUAGCAAAUGUUACAGGAAAAGCACCCAUAAAAGUGACCCCCAGGAAAAAGUUCAAGUGCCCGGAGUGCACCAACGUAGACAACCUCUCGGCCGACCAAUCACACAUGGUGGAGAGAUCGGUCUGUAUCAACAAGUUUACAGACAUCUACGGCAUGAUGCCGCUAAAAAUGGUGGAGCACCGAGCCGACCCAGUAUUAUACAAAGACAACUUCCCUGAAAAAUUGAAACGUUUUAAUCAAGUGGGGCCGCUUUGAGGCAGAAAGUGACUUUUUUUAAAGGUUUUGAAAUGUUGCGAAAACUUAAAUUAGAAAAGUGGUACUGAAGAGUUGUCUUUUUUAUAUUUUUUGAUAGAUGUUGACAGCAUCAUAUUGUAAAUGGUGUACAUGUUUCAUGUAGGCAUACUGUAGUUUAUUUUGUUAACAAACUAGCUCUGUGGGGGGUAGGGGGAAUACUGUCUUUGUGUGUUUCUCAAUGUUGUACUUUUCUUGACUGAAAAAUAAAUUGCAAAAUCAAGGAAAAUUCUAUUGGAAGUAAUUAAACAUAUAACCAGUCUGAAAACUUAUAGCAAAAUACAUGUACCAAAAUUGCAAGGGUUCAUUCAGUCUUCUCAAUAGGAUAUUGUAUGCAAAAAGAAACCUAAUCCUACAGAUACAAAACUUUGUUUAGGCCAUGUUGAUUUCAAAAUAAGUCCUUGCUUAAAUUCUUGCUUAAAACCAGUGCCUUGUGUAUUGCUACCCCCCAAAAAAGACAACUUCUAAUAUAUGAUAUACGGUUGCCGAGGAAUAUUCUUAAACUUGGUUACUGUAGAUGGUUUGGAAACCAUGUAACAGAAUUUAGUUUUGUAAACCAUAUCUGUGAAGUGAUACUUAAUGUCCACUAGCAAGUUUGAAUAUCAUGUACUAAAAUACAUAAAAGCUAUGCAUUGUGUUCAGCAACAUUCAAUGAUUUUAUGUAAGUUUUCCUCCUUAGCUAGAUCCAUAUGUACAUUGUAGAACGAUUUAAUUAUCAUAGACAACAUAUCAAUUUCUGUAAACGGAUUUAUCAAUAUACAUGUAUAAUCAAUUUCAUAGACCUUAGUAACUAAGGUACAGAUAGAUUAACUAACAACAAAAAAUAUCUCAUCUUUUAACAAUUUGAAUUUCUUCAAAGUUCCUUACAUAAAAAAAGAGGGUGGUUCUUUUGCUUGUAUCAAGCUACUGUUGUCGUGACCUGUGACCUUUGCACUUUGAAUUAUGACCCUAUGGUGUAAAUGUAGACAAUAACAAAAUUAUAACGAUUUUCAGACAAACUAAAAUCAUGAAAAGACUUAGAAUUAUGCAUGACUUACAAGUCACUGUUGUGUUGAAACCUAAAAGGGAUAGAAUAUGACUUGUCUUCCCAGUAGAAAAUUAUCAAUUUUAGUUAUGUACAUUAAAGAGAAACAUAGAUACUUUGCAUAAUCAGCUUAGAACCAUAUGUACAUGUAACAAAGUGCACCAAAUUGUAACUGCUUCAGUCUGCACUGGCCAUUUUGUAUAAUAUCCAAGCAGACCCUACUGUAGCAUAAGAUAGUAUCAAGAAGGAGGACAGAGGAGUGAAGCAGGCCUAGGACUGUGUUUGGCUAGACUACACUCCUUAGCCAGUUUGGUUACUGUCUUAUGCUAUCGUAGGAUCUGCUUGGAGAUUACAUUUUGUAAACAUACCAAUAAGACUCUUCAAGGUUCAAACGGCACAAAUGUGAGGUCAAGUGUGAAAUCCCCUAAGUUGUAAACAGUUGUUGUGCAGAUUGUACUUGCUACAUAUCCAGAUGUGUUAUUUGUUUAUGUCUCAGGGGCUUUCACCUUUGACAUACUUGUGUAUUCCGCAAUGGUUCACACUGCAUGAGCAGUUUAAACCUUGAACCAGCCUGUUCUUGUAGUUGUUGCAUAUAUGAACCUACUGUCAUGCAUGCCAUGCUGCUAUAUAUUAGUAGAGUUGUACAUAUUCCAGAUACUGUCAUUCAACUACUGUGGGAAUAGAUGUAACAAAACCAACAGUGAUAUCUUCUGAAGGGACCUAGCUACCAUAUUUUCUUAUUUUCAUCAGAUUUUAGACGUAAAAAUAAUUUAAAAUGUUGCUGUUUUUUUGUAUCACUUAGAAACUUAAAAGACUGCUUUUGCUAGAAUUUUGUCUGCAUAUCUCCAAAGUUGUGUUAUGUAUAUUAAGUUAUCCUGUAUUUUGAUUUCACUUGCAAGUCUAUUGUAUCUGAAGUUGUCUACAUUUUUGUGUCAGUGACAAGUUUACAGUUGUUGUUGUACUGUGUAUAGAUUAACAAGAAACAAUGAUUGAUGUACCAGCUGUCUUCCAGAUUGCUCAUAUUGUCUUCAAGCAAUAAACAUGACAACAGA